UGUCUUGUAAAAGUCAGACGAUUUUCAAACGCUGAUUCCAGCACAACCUUCCGCCUGAACAGCAAACCUUUCUAAAAAAAAAAAAAAAAGAAAACGAAAGAAAAAAUGGCAUUUAAACUUUUGAUCUUUGCUACCAUGAUGGUCGUCACAAUGGCCAACAGGAAAUCAUCGUACGUCCCGCCACCUUACAAACCGGGUUAUCCGGCAGCCAAAUACGAGGACGUACCUGCCUGCGCCAAGAACAAUCCCAAGCCGUGGUGUCUGUCUGAUCCAGACUAUCCAACCUACGAUGUCCAGAAGGCGCUAGACCAGCAUUACCAACAAGUCUUGGCACUGUACAAAGACGUUAAAGCAACCACGUCCAAUUCGGUCGAUGAUUUGAAAGAUUUAGAAGAAGAAACUUAUCUAUGCCCAAGUUCUACUGCCUACGUUCAACCUAUGCGAGCUGUUAAUGUUGAUGGUAAAUGGCGAGUUAUCGUCAACAAGGUCGAGUCUUAUGACUACCUGUUCACUCAAUCGGCUCGCAUUGAGGAAUGUGACGUCGAAGUCGGAUCCAGCUGUCCGUUGGUGUCGUCUUGCUACGAAUCCAAGUGUAUCCAGAAGAACAUUUUCCACCGUUUCUUGGUCUUCAAUCCCUACGAUUAUUACUUUCCCUUCGCUAUUGAAAAUUUCGAGUUGCCUGCUUCUUGCGGUUGCGUUGUUGGGGCCUUUUUCCCUUGAAAGUCAACUUUAGAAAUCCAAAUUGUGUUUUAAUAUAUUAGCCGAUUGCACGAAAUAAACAAUGCAUUCAAGUAUGAA